AUGCAUUUGGCAGCUUUUAUGAAAUUUCCCCUGCUGGCAGCAGACAUCGCUGCUCUCUGCAGGGUGAGGGCCCUGAGAGGUGCCUCCGUAUCACUCCAGCCCCGUGCGAUGGCCAGCGCAGCUGGGAUCCCCACCUGGGAGAACGUGUACAUCAACGGUCAGUGGAGUCGACCUGCCUCGCCGGAGAAGUUUUGCGAUGUGAUCGAUUCGAACACCGGCAAGGUUUGCGCGCGAGUUCCCGCUGGGGGCGCAAAGGACGUGGAGAAAGCCGUUGCUGCGGCCCGUGAGGCAUUUCCUUCCUGGGCAGAAAAGCCCCUCGACGAACGCAAGGCGAUCUUGCUCAAAGUCUUGGAGAAGUGGCAGGGCAAGAAGGCUCAGGCCACUGAGUGGCUCUGCAAAGAGUUGGGCUGCACGACGGCUUUUGCCAAGAACGUGCAGGUGAACAUGGUUGACUUCCAUCUCGGGACUAGCUUAAAGCUCGUCGACAUGGUCAAGUUUGAAGAGAGGAUGGCAUUCGGAUCGCUGGUUGUGCGCGAACCUAUCGGCGUGGUUGGCUGCAUCACCCCAUGGAACUAUCCGCUGAACCAAAUCGCAGCCAAAGUCUUCCCGGCGAUGCUGGUGGGUUGCACCAUCGUUCUGAAGCCGAGCGAGGUGACCCCUGUUUGUGCUUACCUCCUUGCUGAGGCUGUGCAUGAGGCCGGAGUUCCCGCAGGCGUGUUCAACAUGCUGAUGGGUGAUGGACCAAAUUGUGGAGAGGCCAUUGCAGCCCAUCCCGGAGUCGACAUGGUCAGCUUCACAGGCUCCACGCGAGCAGGCAAGCGGAUCUCCGAGGUGGGCGCGCAGACCUUGAAAGUGGUCCGCACAGAGCUGGGUGGAAAGAGUGCUGCAUUGCUGCUGGAGGAUGCAGACAUGCCCAAGCUUGUCCCCAAGUUCAUGCAGACUUUGAUGAACAACAGCGGCCAGUCCUGCAAUGCACUGAGCCGGAUGCUGGUUCCGAGAAGUCGUUACGACGAGGCUGUGGGGAUUGCGAAACAGGUUGCGGAGCAGACCACGGUCAGCUUUGCACAGGAUGACAAGGCAUCGAUUGGGCCGUUAGCCUCCCAAGCGCAAUGGGACAAGGUGCAGGGUUACAUCCACGCCGGAAUUAAGGAGGGUGCGCGGUUGGUCACUGGGGGAUCUGGCAAGCCGGACGGCCUAUCUGACGGUUUUUUCGUCAAGCCGACUGUUUUUGCGGAUGUACAGAUGGAAGCAGUUGUCAUGGCCGGCCACAACGCCGUUCUCGAGCCCAGCGAGGCCAUGUACCUGCGAAGCGCCGACUAUGGCCAUCAUGUAGCAUGCGCCUACCUGCUGACUGGGGUCGUGCACGAGGCCAAAAUCCCAUCGGACAUGCUAAACAUGCUGGUCAUGGGGACGACAAGCAAGGCAGCCUGGGAUCCACUUGUACCUCUAAUGUGUCCUGUUCCUCUCGCCACAUGUGAUGGCAGCGAGAUGCAGGCCGGGCUUCCGCUGAAGCCGUGUCAAGACGAUGACAACCUGUGUGACAAUGAAGAUUCUCUGUCAGAUACAGAAGGUGAUGAGGAGCUGGAUUGGUGGAAUCCCGGAGGGUUCAGUGACCAAGAAGAUGGAUAUGCUCCUGACUGCCCUUGCGAUUAG